CAUCAAUACACGACCACCAUGAUCCAAAUUCCACCUGCAGAGCUCCAGCCCGACGUUGAAAUGGAUGAGAAUGAAGUUGACGACGGUACUCAGGACGCCGACGGCAAUUCUGAAGUCAAGAAAAAGAAAAAGAAGAAGAAAUCCAAGAAAAAGGCUACCAAACCCGUCCAAAGUGACCCUCCCCGCAUCGGAUUGUCGCAGUUCUUCCCUGAUGGAGUUUACCCUGCUGGAGAAAUCCAGGAUUAUAAGGACGACAAUCUUUGGCGCAAAACAUCGGAAGAGAAGCGCUAUCUGGAACGGAUGGCCAUGGAAGACCCCGAAGCAACCUACGAAAGUAUCCGCAAAGGCGCUGAAACACACCGACUCGUUCGUCAGCAUGCGAGAAAGAACAUACGCCCCGGGAUGUCCCUCAUGGACAUUGCGGAAAACAUCGAGGCUGGUGUGCGCGCGCUGGCCGAAGGUGACGGCCUUGACGCUGGAGUUGGGUUCCCUACUGGCCUCAAUAUUAACAACUGUGCUGCCCAUUUCUCGCCGAAUGCAGGUGAUACGACUGUCCUCAAGAUGGGCGACAUCCUCAAGGUGGACAUUGGAGUCCAUGUGAAGGGUCGAAUUUGCGAUUCUGCGUUUACCAUGUCCUGGGCACCAGAAUACGACCAGCUUUUGGAAGCCGUAAAAGCUGCGACAAACACAGGCAUUCGCGAGGCUGGAAUUGACGUUCGUCUCGGUGAACUCGGCGCUCUUAUCCAGGAAACUAUGGAGUCUUACGAAGUUGAAAUCGGCGGAAAGGUCUACCCAGUGAAACCGAUUUCCACUCUUUGUGGACAUACCAUCACUCCAUACCAGAUUCAUGGGGGUGCGCGUGGAAAAUCAGUGCCCUCGGUCCGGUCCAAUGACCAAACUAAGAUGGAAGAAGGCGAAUAUUUUGCUAUCGAAACAUUUGGAUCGACGGGACGCGGUCGUGUUAUUGAAAAUGGCGACUGCUCACACUACGCCAAAAUAUACGAUGCUCCAAAUGUACCGCUGAGGCUCACAAGUGCGAAGUCACUGUUGAAAACGAUCAAUAAGAACUUUGGUACUCUACCAUUCUGCAGACGAUACCUCGAUCGUCUUGGAGAGAGCAAAUACCUGUUUGCUCUAAACCACCUUGUUGCGCAAGGUGUUGUUGCCGACUACCCACCACUUUAUGACCAAAUCGGCAGUAUGACGGCCCAAUUCGAGCAUACGAUCAUACUUCGCCCAACUUGCAAGGAGGUUGUGAGCAGGGGCGACGACUAUUAA